AUGUCCUGCUACCGGCUGACAGGAAAGAGGAUGCUGUACACAGGCCCUGACUAUAAGACAGAUUACAGGCCAAAACCUCCUGAUUGCACCAGAUAUAUUGGAGAAGGGAUGCCAUCUGCUGAAAACACCAGUGAUGUGGAGUAUCUGUGUCGGCCUGCACCAAGCACUCCUGCCCCGCUGCCUAAAGACUGUUACGUAGGUGGAAUAGGCUGGGGAGUGUCUGAGUUCAGCUUCCUAAACAGAAGUCAGAUAUGUAGUAAUCAUCAGAUCAAGAUUGGCGAAUUCCGUAGAGACUGUGAAGAUAAAAUAACUCACAGAUAUCAAAAUCCUUGGCACCCUCUGCCACAUAUUCUAGAUUCACAAGGAUUUGGAUCGCGGGCAACACUUGCAUGGACUCAAGACAGAUAUAUUGAUUACUGCUAUGCUACAUCAGAGUGGGCACCACAGAUUGAAUAA